AUGAACUUUAAUCGACACAGCAUUCUUUUCUUUCUGGUCGUACUCUUAUUUGGCCCAGUCUAUGCUGAAGCAGCUACAGAAGGCAACACCAGCAUUAGUGAUGAAGAUGAGCUCGAAUACAAACUACUUUUCUUCAGAGAGGACUGCUAUAACGAAUUCUUAGACCUCAAUUUCUUCUAUAAGGACUGCAUCUCGAUAACGAUCUCAAAAGGACUUGGCUACGGAAUCAUCCUAGGUGCAAUGCUUGUAAAAUUUCCCCAGAUUUACAACAUUCUGAAGGCUAGAUCCGGUAGAGGAAUCUUGCCUUCAAUGUUCUACAUGGAAUGAUUCAUGUUUAUCAUAAAUGGGUGAUAUAACAUUCAUUUGAGCUCGCCCUUCAGUGUAUACGGGGAGAACUUCGCCCUGCUGAUCCAGAACUUCGUUGUGAUAGCUCUCUUAUGGCUGUACGGCAAUAAAACUUCUAACGUUCCAAAAGCUAUAGUUACACUUUCCAUUUUUGGAACUUUUUCCUUCCUAUACUUUGACGCUCUAGUCCCUGAUUUCAUGUGGAAGUUGUUCAUGGAUAUUCAAAUUCUUAUGGUGGCUUACUCGAGACUUCCCCAGAUUCUCGCUAACUUCCGUUCUAAGUUCACCGGAGAGCUGUCAAGUAUAAUGUUCUUGGCUAAUGCAUUAGGCAACUUAGCAAGAACAUACACAUUUAUUAAAGAGACUCAGGAUGUGUACAACAUGUUUACUAGUGGAUUAUCUACUCUUUUGAACUUUACUAUCUUCCUUCAAGUCCUUAUUUACUGGAAGAACAACCAGGUGUAUAAGAACAGGAUUGAAGUCAAGGAUCUUGAGAGCCAGUCAAAUGAGAGCGGAAGAACCUCAAAUCCCGAGGAAUUCACCAAGAAGGUUGAAGUCCUUGAGGUCUCAGAAGGAAGACCCUCACUUUAG